AUGCAAAUCUUUGUCAAGACCCUUACCGGAAAGACAAUCACCCUCGAGGUCGAGUCAUCCGAUACCAUCGACAAUGUCAAAUCCAAGAUUCAAGACAAGGAAGGUAUCCCUCCCGAUCAGCAGAGAUUGAUCUUUGCUGGUAAACAAUUAGAAGAUGGUCGAACCCUCUCCGAUUACAACAUUCAAAAGGAGUCCACCCUCCACUUGGUAUUGCGAUUAAGAGGUGGUAUGCAAAUCUUCGUUAAGACUCUUACCGGAAAGACCAUCACCCUCGAAGUUGAGUCUUCUGAUACCAUCGACAACGUUAAAUCGAAGAUUCAAGACAAAGAGGGUAUUCCUCCCGAUCAACAACGAUUGAUCUUCGCUGGUAAACAACUCGAAGACGGUAGAACCCUCUCCGAUUACAACAUUCAAAAGGAAUCUACUCUCCAUCUCGUGCUUCGUCUCCGAGGAGGUAUGCAAAUCUUCGUCAAAACCCUCACCGGUAAAACCAUUACUCUUGAAGUUGAAUCGUCCGACACCAUCGAUAACGUCAAGAGCAAGAUUCAAGACAAGGAAGGUAUUCCCCCCGAUCAACAACGACUCAUUUUCGCUGGUAAGCAGCUCGAAGAUGGUCGAACUCUUUCCGACUACAACAUCCAGAAGGAAUCUACUCUCCAUUUGGUAUUGCGAUUAAGAGGUGGUAUGCAGAUCUUCGUCAAGACUUUGACUGGGAAGACCAUCACCCUUGAAGUGGAGUCCUCCGACACCAUCGAUAACGUCAAGUCAAAGAUUCAAGACAAAGAGGGUAUCCCACCUGAUCAACAACGACUUAUCUUUGCUGGUAAACAGCUCGAAGAUGGCCGAACAUUGUCUGAUUACAACAUUCAGAAGGAGUCCACUCUCCACUUGGUACUCAGAUUGAGAGGUGGUAUGCAAAUUUUUGUCAAGACUCUCACUGGUAAAACCAUCACUUUGGAAGUUGAAUCAUCCGACACUAUCGACAAUGUCAAGUCCAAGAUCCAAGAUAAAGAAGGUAUCCCACCUGACCAACAACGAUUGAUCUUUGCCGGUAAACAAUUAGAGGACGGUAGAACUUUGAGUGAUUACAACAUUCAAAAGGAAUCAACUUUACAUUUGGUUCUUAGAUUGAGAGGUGGACAAUAG